AUUGAAGUGGGCAACAUUGCUCUCUCCUAGUCGUUGGCCAAGCGCAGCAAACGGAGAUGCAAAGAAUUCGCAAUCAGAUAAAUUAAUACGUCAUCUACCAUUAUAGUGUGAUAUUUUAUCAUACAAUUAGUUCGGCUACAGUUGUAACAAACAAAAACACAGCAGAAUGCCGGCCGCGCGGGGCGUUAAACGCACAGCGUCGAAAACCAACUCUGCCACGUCAGCCAGCGUCCCGAAGAAUAAGAAGAAACGCGCAGCGUUCCAGCUUGAAAUACCGAGCGCACCCAAGAAGAGGGGUUCCGUAUUCACAUGCGGCCAGGGUGAUGUAGGCCAAUUGGGUCUUGGGGAAGAUGUUAUUGAGACCACUAAAUUCAAGUAUGUGUCGGGUCUCGGGGACAAAAUUGUGGAUGUGUGUGCCGGUGGCAUGCACACCAUUGCUCUGGACUCUGAUGGAAAGGUGUGGACCUUCGGCUGCAACGACGAAGGCGCGCUCGGGCGCCCUACGUCCGGGGAAACUGAGGAAGGCACCGCGGGCGCUGUGAAACUCCCCGCCAAGGCUGUCGCCAUCUCGGCCGGGGACUCCCACUCCGCCGCCCUGCUGGAGGACGGGCAGGUCUAUGCUUGGGGAGCCUUUAGGGACUCGCACGGCAGCAUGGGGCUGGUGGUGCGCGGCCGCGAGGGCAAGGCGUGCCGCGAGCCUGUCCGUAUCGACAUCGGCGAGCCCGCCGCCGACGUGGCCUCCGGCGGAGACCAUCUCGUCAUCCUGUCUACGACGGGUGGCGUCUACACGAUGGGUUGCGGCGAGCAGGGCCAGCUCGGGCGCCUGGCCCAACGCUCCGCCUCCAGGGACUCGAGGCAGGGAUUCAGUGCUCUACUGGCGCCGGCGAAGGUGACCCUAAAGUGGGCGGCGUCGCACAUCUGGGCCGGCUACCACGCCACCUUCGCGCUCGACGUCGCCGCUGACAAGAUGUUCGCCUGGGGGCUCAAUAAUUACGGGCAACUCGGUAUAACAGGAGAAAAACGCAAGACAGCCCUAUACGCGCCAACAGAAUGCGACGCCUUCACUCAAGGCAGCGGUUGGCAGAGAGUUGCUUGCGGGCAACAUCACUCGCUCGCUUUGGAUUCUAAGGGGCAAGUGUUCGCUGUUGGCCGAUGCGAGUAUGGACGGUUAGGCCUCGGCGAUAGGGCAGGAGACGCGGAGACCCUCGAGCCGGUGCCGGCGCUCGUCGGUAAGAAGUGCGUCAGCAUCGCCGCGGGCACCUGCAACAGUUUCGCUGUCACCGAUACAGGUGAGAUCCUCGGGUGGGGCAUGGGCAGCGAGGGCCAGCUCGGCACGGGCGCCGCCACGGACGCCGCGGCGCCCACGCCGGCCGCCGCCGCCUUCCAAGCGCGGCGGCCGGGGAAGGUCGCCGCCGGCGCGCAACACACUGCAAUACUCGCGCUAGACACAUCACCGGUCAAAGAAAAGUCCCCGACACCAGAAAUGGAGACGGAGGAACAGCCAGUAGAAGCGAAGGAGACCAAAGGAAAGGAGAAGCCGAAGGGCAGACAGAACAAGAAGCAGAAGAGAGGAGAGCAAGAGGAUGAGGUGUCUUCCACGUCGAGCGCGCAGCCUGAAGUACCGGAGGAGACGAAACCGCAGAAGGUAAAUGGCGAUGAGAAGAAAGAAACUCCAAUGGAAGUAGACGAAUCUGACAACUCACAAGACAAAAAAGAAGACACGCAACCCGACACGGAAGCUGUCGAGCCACCAAAAACGGAAAAAACAGAAGCGGCACCCACAGAGAAAGCCUCAGAACCAACCCCGGAACCGGCACCAGAGAAACCUGAGGCAACCAAACCAGAGCUCUCCGACUCCAGCCAAGACUCCCAAGAGACAGACAAACCGACAGACGUUGAGAUGAAAGAUGAAAAAGUGAAUGGGGCACCGGAAGAGGAGAAAACGGAAGUGGAAGCCAAGAAAGUGGAGGCGAUACCAAACGACACAGUUGUGGCCACCACGGCGUGAUCCUAGAGUUUAGCGUGUGUUUGUGACGAGAUUAUUGCAUAGACUGUGAAAAGCUGUAGAGUUAUACCAGGCUAUAGUUCGUUUUUUAGUAUUAGAAAAAGACUACGCGAUCUUGACGUGUCUUUUAAUUGAAAAACGCUUUUUAAAAAACAGUAACUAUUACUUAUGAAAGCAAAAGUAUGUAAAUAAUCGUAUAUGAUUCAUAAUUGUUACAUGACUUAUUUUUCAAGGGUGUUUUUUAAUAAAAAGACACGUCAAGAUUGUUAAUCUUUUUUCUAACUUUAAAAAAACUAACUAAUCUAACUAUAGUAGCCGUAACAGACUACUGGACGGCGACCUUGAUGCGCUCAAAAUAUCCGUUUCUAGCUCUAACUUAUAGCUGCGUCCUUAACGUACGGCGACUACCUUACACACUAUCGAUAAGUGCACCGCACCGCACCACGGUCGCGGUGCGGUAGUCUGUUACGGCUUUAAUUGGGCUGCGAUUUUGAUAGCCCAGACUGUGCAAGUGGUAUUUAAACGUCAUAAUUUCAUAGAAGUUUGACGUUUAAAAUAACACUUACACAGUCUGGGCUGUCAAAAUCGUUGCCAACGUAGCUUGGUCUUAACUCUAGUACUGUUGUCAUUUGCGUGGUGCCCGGCACAGGUUGAAAACUACAAAUGUUUAAAAAUAAAAUUAGCUAUAUUCAGACCCAGCUCACUUUGCACGGCAUUUGCUUACACUAAGUGUGGAAUGUCGUCAUAAACGUCAAAUUUUUAUGAAAAUGUGACAUUUAUAACGACAUUUCCACAAUUUCUGUCAAAAUAGAUGAAAAGUUACCUUAACACGGACUCUACAAGCAAUUUCGGUGUAACUGUCUAAUUUGUUGCGUAUCCCGUAGGCCAUACAGCGCCAUCAACUUCAGCUGGGUCAAACUUGGGAGGGGGGGGGGGGGUGAUUUUUUUUUUAGUCCACUAGUAUCAUCAAUAACUCUUUAAACAUAAUCAUAAUAUACAGACGAAUUUGAAACGAAACGUAUUUCAGUUUUCAGUGUAGUGACUCCAACAUGAACUUAGAUACCUAAGCAUAAUAUAGAUAAAAAGAUAAGAUGAAGAUUUUGAACGUGAACUAUUCAGAGGGCCUACUGCGAGAAUAGCAUUCGAAGUUCGAGUCGAAAUUCGCAAUUUUCUAUCUUUCUCGGGGAUCUUUCUCUUUUACUCCAGUGAAGGCGUAAUUAGAGUGACAGAGAAAGAUGCCCGUAAAUAGCGAACUUCGAUUUUCGCGGUUAUAGACCAGUAAGGAGCUUUUAUCAGUCCAUGUCCAAUAAAAAGGAGAAUUACACUCCUUUGUCACAAAUGCUUUCAAAUUCGGUUAAUGUAAGGCUGCUUGCACACUACCAAUUCUAAAGACAGGUAUUUAAAAAAUUAAAAAGUAACGGUUUAUUUUUGUAAAACUUUCGAAAUAAGUAUUAAUGUUGUCAAUACUUAAGGAAUUUAAAUUAACUAUGUGCGGGCCGCCUAAAAUAUUCGAAGUGUUUCAUAUCAAACAGUAAUAUACAUUCAAUAGUUCAAUUCUCUCUCAAUAGCGAAUUAGUUAAUACUGUACUUCGAUCAGUAUGGAUUAAAAAACCGGUUUUGUCUGCUCAAACGUGGUUUUAUCCAUGGUCUGAUUUAAAGGCCUCUACUCACCUUGCAACAAAUCGGAUACGAUUUUUGAUAUGUUGCGGCUAAGUCGGUAAUGUAUCAAAUUUGCAUGCGAUUUGUUGCAAAGUCAGUAGAGGCCUUAACUGUAGAUAAAACUACUUUGUUUUAUUAAAUCCGGUUGUUAAGAUAAAACCGGUUUUUUCCUACAUUAGCCGUUGAUGUUCAUUGUAAUCAAAUUGUUGUAUAUUUCAUAAAUUUAUGACGAGAUUUAAAUAUUAAGAGUUGCGGUUUGGGACGCCCGUUCUUCGACCUGUAUUUAAGCUAAAAUAAUUUGUGUAUUUCCGUUUUUGACAUAAUAAUGUGAUUUUGGUGUAAGUUGAUGGAAGUUUUUUCCUGCAAUGCCAUUGGUUCGCUACAUUUAGUCAGGGUCAGAUUUUUAAGCCAAUCAAAUCGUACCUUGAUAACCAUUUUGUCAGAUUGUAAGCGGUUACAUUAGUAAUCAAGAAGUAGAACAUUGAGGUUGCUAGAUUGCUAUUAUAAUAUAAGUUCGUCAAAUGUAUGAUUGUACAAAUUCUGGACUAUCAGGGAUCAGAACUUCGCAGUAACAUUUAGUAAACUAUUUGUUGAAUUGUUUAUUUUAUUUUAUAGAUAUUUUCGUGCAUGAUUCUAAAGUACAAGAGUACAAUUUCACGACGCUACUGUUUACUUGUUACGAUAAUAUGAACUAUAGUUAUAAUGAUUGUGUUUUAAUAAUAAAAACGUAGUGGAAA